AUGAAUGGCUUCGUCGAGCCGGUCAUUAUAACCUACAAUUGCACGAAAAAUGAAGCCGACACUGCGGUUCUCGUGAUUCCAAUGGCUUCAAGUCUCAUCUUUGGUAAAAAUUGGUUGUCUGUUUGUUUGUUUGAAUUGUGUUUUAUUGCAGGACCGGUCUGCUCAGUGUUCUACCAAUGGUCUGGAGCCAGAAUUAGUAUCAUCUUCGGAGCUCUGUUGGCCUGCGCAAGUUUCGUUGUCGGACCUCUCUGCAAAUCCGUUUAUCUGCUCAUGGUGUGCACGUUCGGACUCGGUUUGUUUGUUUUUAUUUGAAACAUAAAAUUGGAAAAAAAAGUGUCAGGGGUCGGAUGUGGAUUGAUGAGGAACUCGAUAAUUUCGAUUCAAUGCGAAUAUUUCAAAAAGAAAAGGAACACUGUUAUGGCGGCGAUUUCCAUCGGUCCAGGACUCGGAAUAUUUAUUCUUCCACGAACUUUGAAAUGGAUUAUGGAAAAGGUUUGAGUUUCGGAAUAUGGAAGUUCAUUUGGAAAAACUGAAAAAGUUUCAGUACGGAAGUUGGGGACCCGCUUGGUGGUUUCUCUCGACAUUCUACAUCAUUUCCGCGCUCAUGGCUCUUUUUAUCACAAAACAUCCUUCCGAACAAACGACCUCAUUCUCAUUCGGAUCCGCAUUCAAGGUAUUUUGACUAUUCAACAGGAGAAGCAUAAAACCACUUUCAGGUGUGCAAAAAAAUUGAAUUUGAUUUUCAUCUCAUAUCUUGUUUCUUCGCUUCAUCAGUAACUUUCAUUUAUCUUGCUAAUAUUCUGAUUCUAAUGAGCUCCGAGAAUAUUGAAGAGUAAGUUGUUGAACUAUUGUACUGUGUAGCUAUAAUAACUCUAAUUAUUCAGCAAAGAAGAUGUGUAUGGGUAUCAAGGACUAGCAAGUAUUAUUGGAAAAUUCGUCCUUACAUUUGUGAUGAGUUUGAAUCGAGUAAGCACGUUUCCAUAACAUUAUAUGUUAAAUAAUGAUUGUUUCAGGUACAUAACGGAGUGAUCAUGAUAAUCAGUUACGUUGUGGCUCAGUUUUCCUUGUCUUCGGCUGCUUUUUGCUACAAACUCUGGCAGUUCAGGCUACAAAACGCGUUUGCCGGUAUCGGCAUCGGUUUGUUCUCUUCUUGUUAUGAGAUUUAAAAAAAAAUCGUGUUUCAGGUCUGUAUCAAGCAUGUUUAGCACCUUUCUUGGUCGCUAUUGUGGGUCCUUCACAACUUGCAUACGCCCUAGGAUUCACUAACCUUAUUAACGGAAUUUCGAUCAUUUCUGGAGUAUGGCUAUCUGGUACGCUACUUUUCUAAAAAUCUUUCCAGAACCUUGAGUGUUCAGGAUUCGCAAGCAAAGGAACGACUGGAGAAGAUGCGAGAAGCGCGUUUUUUGUCUCUAUCUGGUUAGGAGUGGCCGCCAUCGUCAUGUCCAUCGUCACCUCAUUCCUUCUGAUGGCCCGGGAGAAACACAAGAGAAAGCCGUCCAUGAAGCAAAUGAAGCACUCGUCCGAAUUGAAUGCCAUCAUUAACAUCACCUCUGUUGAGAACUCCUAA